UUUUGUUUUAGUUGAUUCUGUUGAGGUCUGAUAAUUCUUCUAUAUUGCAUCAGUCUUGAUUUUACUUCUUGGCACUUUCUCUUGGAUUGAUUUAUACACUUCACAUAAGCUAUGGAUUCCGCUACGACAUCUCAAGCUUCAACGCGUUCAUAUAUCCCUUUUCAUGGUCAUCCUCCAGUGUGUAAUGUUUCAGACCUAGUCGAACAUGGUGAGACCGUGUUGCGCGUAAUCCGAGAAAGAGGCGAAGAGAAUGAGGACUUGGUCAAGUUGUACGAAUCUGGAAGAGCUGGACAGCACAUCCCGCAAGGCAGCAUCAAAUCUUUCCGUCAAUACGCAGAUUAUAUGACCCUCUCCUCUAUACCAAUCUGGCCUAUCACGCCCAUCAAAGUUUCAUUUUUCUUACUCUUUAGAUUACUUAUGGGUGAUGUGACCAACGGCACGCCUCUUCGAAACGCAUAUCUCCGCAGUCUCGCACGCUCUCUUGAGCAUUACCGCGAGGAAACCGCUCGUUAUUUCUUGUCUAAGUGGCCUGAAGCCGGAAGUUGGAUUAUUCGCGACGGAAGAGGGGACCCUGAAAGUCGCAAUGAUAUCACUCACGACAUCUUACGUAUCUGCAAACAAGGACAACAUCGUCCAAUAGAAUCCUUGCUAGACUUUCGAGCUGUCCAGCUGAUUGUCACCGGAGACAAUCCGGCCCUUACUCCGGAUGCUUGGGCAACACGAAGACGACUCUCUGCUCGCUGGGUACGUGAUCGAGAGUCUGCCAACCUUCCGGAACGACAAUAUGCCGGUGGAAAGUUUAUCGGAGAGCCCCCUAAGCCACCUCCAUUGAGUGCUCGUAGUACGCAUUGGAAUCGACAUCUACAUGAUUUGAGAGACGGAAGCGAGGAAACGAGUUGGAUUGCGAACACACCUCGAGCACGAUCUGAUUUUCCUGAUAAACCGACAUCCCCUUAUACCGGAUCAGAUUCUCGGUCUGAUGCUAGAUACAAAGCAGAAGAACAAAACAAUAAUAUGAUGACGUCUGACACCGAGGCUUCAGAUUCACAAGCCUCUCGCACCCGGGUAUACCCUGCGCAUCAUCCUCAUCCAUUGCAACUCGACAUCGGACCUCCUUCGCCCUUAUCAUACACCCUUUCACCGGAUUCUGACACUACAUCUGCUAGGUCGUUUGAUAGAGAUAACAUUUUCGAGUCUGCUAUUCCUGCUUCGAUGCGUGGACUUCCUCCAAUCACACCUUUGACCUCGGACUUAUAUUCUAUGAACGAAAGGAUCCCUCCGUUUUCACCCUUGACUCGAGGGCUUCCUAGUUUGACAGAAGCUGGUUUACAUCCAUCCAACUUUCCACUUCCUUUAAGCCCAGCUACCUCCAUCAAUCAAGAUCCUUCUUCUUUCUCUCCAAAACAAUCUAGAUCUCAUCAAAAUCUCAUGUCAGGUAGAGGGAAUCAAAUGCUUACACCGCCUCCUACUGGUAGAUUUGCUCCGCCGUCUAAUCUUCAUUCUUACUCUUCUAAUGAAACUUCGCCAAGCUCUACUAUCUAUCGUUGGUCAUUAUACCCUGAUCUUGAUUUCGCUACUCCUCUCUGAGCUAAUGAUUUGGCUGUUCAAUAAUUCAGAAGUCAAGCUUGGUCACCUCGUAGUGUGUUUUUUCUACCCCCCCUCAAGGGUUUUUCUGUUACUUGGUUAUGAUUAGGUCGUGUAUAUAUCAAAGUGCUCUUCUUGUUUAAGAUUUUUGUCAAAAGUUCAAUUUUCAGUGUUAUAUAUUUUUUCUCAAAACAAAAAUUAGGUACUUCUGCAUGCCUCGUCUCUCUUUAUUUUCAAAAUGUAUAUGUGAAUAUUUUGUUGUUUACAGUUUUUUUUGUAGGAUUUCUUGUAUAUCUUAUUCUAUAGUCAUGUGUGUGUUUUUUCAUCUGUGAUUGUCUUUUAUUGGAAGUGAUUUCGAGGGUUAUGGAUAUAUCUUUCC